CAGCCCGACCUACCCCACCUCCCCACCGUACACCACCUCACCACCCUACCGACCAAUCGCCCCCACCACCCCAGCCUACCGCCCGACCAACCCAACUUCCCCACCAUACCGCCCAACCAACCCUACCUCCCCACCAUACCGCCCAACCAGCCCCACCUCCCCACCCUACAGGCCCUCGUACCCCGCCCCCCAAACAUCCACCACACCCCGGCCUCCCCGUCCUUCCUACCCUGUCCCGGGUACGUAUCCCAAGCAGGGCGACUCGGAGCCGAGUGCAGGGUUGUCGCCCUGGCCGCCUGUGCCGGGCGAGGAUGACCAGGACGGCCAGCCCGAAGAGGAGCAGGCCCAGGACGAGGAAGUCCUAGCGGGGGAGCCGCUGGCGCAGACCGCCGACUUGGCACAACGGCAACCCUUCAAGAUGCAAGAGUCUCCGGCAACCUCCACGGCAUCGACUACGACCUCCAGGACGACGAGCUUCCGUCCGCAGCAGAACGAUGACAAUAUCGAGUUCCCUGCCGAGGAAUCAGAACAACCGGUGGUACCGAACAGAAUUCAGGCAACCAGGCCGAGUACCACAAACCCGGAGACGACAACCACAGGCAAGAAGCCGACAACCACGACCAGGAAGCCAACAACCACGACCAGGAAGCCGACAACCACGACUCGGAAGCCGACAACCACGACCCGCAAGCCGACAACCACGACCAGAAAGCCGACGACCACGACCCGGAAACCGACAACCACCACCAGGAGGCCGACAACGACGCGGAGGCCAGCGCCUGCAACCGGAGGUCCUCAAAAAGGAGGUGGUUUACAGUGUUACACCAGCGAAUCCUCCACGGAUGUGUCGGGUUAUCAAGUGCCGGCUGCUGCUAUCUCCCUCCGCCGCGGUCCGUCAGGUUUUACAAAUGAGGGUGACGUUGACGUUCUGCCCGGCUCGUCGAGCGCCGCCACAGUCGCGCCUAGUCCGGACAUCGCCUCCUGCUCGGCGAACGAUGACUGCGGCGAGUGGACGACCAAUCGCUGGCGCAGAGAGAGGAGGGUGGCGCAGGAGGGCUUCCCGAUGGCGGUGGACGAGCAGGUGCGGGUGCGGCUGAGCACGGUACGCGCGGGCGAGCUGCUCGUCGGGCUGUGCGCCGAGCAGGACGCCGACCCCGCGGACGCGGGCUGUGCCGUGGUGGUCGCCGUCGGCACCGCCGCGGACUCGGCGGGGCUGCGGUUCGAGACCAGGACCACGUCGAGCAACGACAUCACGGACCCCGGGGCGCGGGUGGUCGCGAAGGCACCAUCGGGCGGCGUGACUCCUCUCCCCAGCGGCCGCAAGUACACCCUCGUGCUGCACCGCCGCACGGAGGACAAGCUGGACGUGUGGCUGGACGGGCGGCCCGUGGACAAGGUCAGCGUCGACCUGGGCCCCGGCAUGUCGUUCUUGAAGGCCUCGUCGCCGGCGGGGAUGGUCACCUUCGUCCAGGGUCAAGAGGUGGACGGCUACCACAUGGAGGUCGGUGAGCGCGUCAUCGUCCGCCUGAACGUGACCCGCGACGGCCUGCUCGACCUGGGGCUGUGCGGCGACCGGGCGUGCAGCGUGGUCCGCGUGACGGGCGCCGACGACAAGGGCGCGUUCGGCUACUCGACCAGGAUCACCAGCUCCAACAGCGUGACGGAGGAGCGCGGGCAGGCGCUGCAGCAGCCGUCGGGCCCAGACUCGUUCCCGCUGGGCAGCAGCCAGUCCUUCGUGGUGGCGCGCAAGUCCGAGUGGGCCAUGGACGUGUGGCUCGAGGGCGACCCCGAGCAGAAGGCGACCGUCCCGCUCGAGCCCGACCGACUCCGGCUAAAGGUCGACUCGGACGCGGGGCCCACGUCAUUCGUCAGAGGUACCGCGGCGGAUGGCUUCGUGAUGCAGCCGGGCAAGCGCGUCGUCGUGGAGGUGGGCGUGGACACGCCGGCCGGCGUCCUGGACGUCGGGCUGUGCGGCGCGACCGCCUGCGCCACGGUGCGCGUCCAGGGCGCCGACGACCGCGCCGGCCUCGGCUACACCACGCGCACCACGGCCUCCAACAGCGUCUCGGACGAGGACGCACCCCAGACCGAGGGCAGCGAGGUGAAGGGCUUCACUGCCGGUCGCAGCCUCCGCCUCAUGGUCCAGCACGCCCCUCCCGCCGGGGGUCGUCCGGCGCAGCUCCGGGUCUGGAUGGAAGGCGACGGCGAUGGCGACGGCGACGAUCAGAGGAUGGCCGUCGUGGACCUCGACGCGGACCAGGGCCGACGGCCGCGACUCAAGCUCGCGUCCUCGGUGGGACCCACCACCCUCGUUCAAGUGCUCACCGAGGGCCGCGAGCUGGCCGUCGGCGAGAUGGCGACCCUGGUGCUGACGGUGUCCAAGGAGGACGGCUGGCUGUGGCUGGGGCUGUGCAGCGCGGACGCGUGCAGCGCCAUGGGCGUCAUCGGCGCGGGCGAGGACAACCGCUUCAGCUUCACGUCCAGGAUCACGACGAGCAACAGCGUCGUCGGCGACGGCCCCGUCUGGCAGAGCUCGACGCGGGGGCCUCGCAAGUUCAUCUCCGGCCAGAGGCUGCGCUUCGUGGUCCACCGGCGCACGGCGGGGCUCAUGGACGUGUGGCUGGAGCCCGCCUCCUCCAGGAAGACCACCAUCCCGCUCGAGGAGGACCGCGUCGUCCUCAAGGUGGCCUCGGACGCGGGCUCCGUCGCCUACGAGGACGGAGGCGCGGGCGGCUACCAGCUCUCCGUGUCAGAGCAGGUGCGCGUGGAGGUGCGGCCGGUCCGCCCCCAAGGCUGGGUGUUCGUCGGGCUGUGCGGCUCCGCGACGUGCACCGUGCUGGGCGUGGGCGGUGCGACGGGCGGCCGACUCAACACGGCCACCAGGGUCUCCGCGGCAGGCAGCGUGCUGGCGCCCGGGCCCGUCAUCGAGGAGUCGCCGGGAGCCGACACCUUCGAGGUGGACGCGACGCUCACGCUCAUCCUGCACCGCAUGUCGGAGCGGCUGCUGUCGGUGCGCGUGGAAGGGGGCGCCGGCGGCCAGGCCGACCUGCAGCUGAGCCUGGAGCCGGACCACGACCGCCUGGACGUGGUGUCCGCCGUGGGCUCCACCCGGCUGCUCUCAGGGGUCGCUGUCGACGGCCACCUCAUGGCUGUGGACGAGAGGCUCCGCGUCCUGUUCAGAGCCUCCCGCCCGGACGGCUGGCUGGCCCUCGGCCUCUGCGACGAGACGUCCUGCAGCGCCGUGCGCAUCGUCGGCCUGCAGCCCUUGGCCUACACCACCAGGGUGACCCGCGGCACCAGCGUCGGCGACGUGCAGGGCGAGGUCCUCGAGGAGGUGCAGCCCGCGGGAGCGGCGGCCUCGCCCUUCGUCGCGGGCCGCAACUACACCCUGGUGGUGCACCGCGCGUCCACCAGUGCCCUGGACGUCUGGGUCGACGGCGACCCGGGCGCGAAAGUGUCCGUCCCGCUGGGGCCGGACAGGACCAUCUUCAAGGUCGACUCGAACGCGGGCUCCACCUUCCUCGACACGAGGGGCGCCGCGGACGGGUGGCCGAUGGCGCCCGGUGACGCGCUGUGGAUCUCGCUCGACGCCAACGAGGCCCAGGGCCGGCUGUACCUCGGCCUGUGCGGGGACACGUCCUGCAGCGUGGUCAGGGUGCGCGGCGUGGAGGACAACAAGAUGGGCUACACCACGGCCGUCAUCGACACCAACAGCGUGUCCGGCAGGGGCGACGACCUCGCCGAGCAAACGGGCCCGUUGGGCUUCACUCCGGGCAAGACGCACGUGUUCGUGGUGAGGCGGGCGCCCCGGUACGGGCGCGACGGCGGCAUCCUGGACGAGGUCCUGGAGGCGUGGCUCGAGGACGACCCGUACAACAAGGCCGUGGUGAAGCUCGCACCGGGCAACAACCGCUUCAAGGUCACCUCCACCGCCGGCCGCACCAUGUUCGUGAGAGGCCGCGAGUGGGUGAGCGAGGACGAGGCGUCCCCGCUGGUGAGCCCUGCGCUGUCGCCCGUGGCCGCCGGCGCCAAGGUGUGCCUGGAGAUGGAGUACCUGGCCACCAGGACGACGCGGCCGCUGACUCUAAGCGCCACCGGCAUCCUCGGCAGCGCCGCCGUCGGCACGCUGCCGCUCGACCGGGUUGCGUCCUGGCGCCGCAGGACGGUCCUGGCGUCGGUGCCGGAGCAGCAGGACGGCUGGACCCUGGAGGUGCGCGCCGCGCGCGGGCUGCGGCUGCGGAGGCUCGCGCGCUGCGAGCUCGGCCGGAGCGACUCCGUGGUGAUCGCCUCGCCGGCUGCUGGGGCGUCAUCGCGACGUCGACGGAACAGGAGGAACCGGAACCAGCGAUCCGGUCAGCAGCAGCGCCACCGCGGCUACCGACAGACGGGAUCCUGCGAGAACGGCGGCUUCCGCAACGCCAGCAUCAGUGAGGGGUGCGUGUGCCCGCCAGGGUUCGCCGGCGACUCCUGCGAAGCCGGUACGGUAUUCGUAAUGAACACUGUUUAAACAUUUUUCGGAUUUUCAAAAGGAAUUUUCUUGUGACCGGCCAGUGUUGUUUUUUUUAACAGAUGAUACCUUAAAUAGCUUUAGACUAAACAUAAAACAUACAGGGUGGUCCACAGACCCCUUCCUUUAUUUUGCUUAUACUGUACCGCAUGCAGGCGUGCGGGCGGGCUUGCCUAUCGUUGCUCACUACGGCGCCUUAUGGCCCCGUGCGAGUAUGCAACCCGGUCGCACGCCUGCAUCCGGUACAGUAUAAGCAAAAUAUAGGAAGGGGUCUGUGGACCACCCUGUAUACAUAUAAAACUUUAAGGUGUCAGCAGCUUGUACUCUCGAGAAGGGCAGAGAACCAAAGCGCAUGACGUCACCCAGAUG